GGCGAUCGAGUCUCCGGCGGACGAGCCCGCGUCGGAUACGGAAAGAGCUCCGUCCCGCGUCUCGGAAGCUACUUCCGGGCGUGUCAAUCCCUUUGGAUCCCUAGUUCCUUUAUAUUGUGCUGCAAUCCUCGACGUGUGCCGGUCCGCGCGACCCUGUCUCUCGGACGUGCGCGCAUUCCUCGUGUCGUCGCACGGCUGGCGGCAGUUCCUUUGGCGUUGCACGCGGUGCUCACGCGGUGCCUCCGUGACCGCGGAUCUGCGUGGAUCUGCGCCCCGCGCUGGAAAGCGGACGUCGCCGUUAGAUCGCCCGGGAGACCCGCGGCUCCGGCGGCCCACGGCGUGCUCACGCGCGGAGAAUAUGGUAUUAAGUUUUCGAGUGUCUGAGCUUCAGAUGCUUCUUGGUUUCGCCGGUAGAAAUAAGUCCGGCAGAAAGAACGAGUUGCAAGCGCGCGCAUUGGAAUUGAUGCGCUUGAGAUCGCACCCAGCUAUCCGGCUCAAAAUACGUGAAUUGUACAAGACUAUACAGGCCGAUCAAAUUGCAACGCACCAAAUGUAUGGGCAAACUGGUAGCACCUCCGAGCCGCAAAUUGAUCAAAACAUGCAUAACAGAAAUUACUAUUCAACCAGGCAAGCGAUUAGCCAGCAGCAACAACAACAGGCAUCAGUUUCCGUUGGCAAGGAAUUGACGCCAGCGCAUCAAGCAUCUUUACCUCAGGCACCUAGGACUAAUCCUGUAUACCCAUCAACUGGAUACACUAGUGUGGCACCGCAGCGUACCGCAAAUGCGGGAUAUAAUCCCUAUCAGCAGCCUGUAUACCCGCCCAAAGUUUUGUCAAAUCCGAUAAUACAACCUACGAGCCAGUAUCCAGUUCAUCCAGACGUUAGGCUGAAGAAGCUACCGUUUUUCGAUUUAUUAGGUGAAUUAUUGAAGCCUUCUAGCUUAAUGCCACAGGGAACGAUAAGAAUGCAGCAGAACACAUUCUUAUUUCAUUUGACACCACAGCAGGCGACAGACAUCGCCAGCUCCCGUGAUUGUCGAGUUGGCAGUAAAAUGGACUAUGUUGUACAGGUACAAAUGCGAUUCUGUUUACAAGAAACGUCAUGCGAGCAAGAAGAUUUCUUCCCUCCGAGCAUUGUAGUGAAAGUUAAUGGGAAAUUGUGUCCCUUGCCAAACCCUAUACCUACUAAUAAACCCAGUCAAGAGCCGAAGAGACCACCACGGCCUAUCAAUAUCAGUCCUUUAGUAAAAUUGUCACCUACUGUUGGGAACGAGAUUCAUGUUACAUGGUCUGCGGAUUAUGGUAGGCGAUACGCAAUCGCAAUAUAUCUCGUCAGAAAGUUGUCCAGCGCGGAAUUACUCGGUAGACUAAAAAAUAGAGGUGUAAGACACUCGGACUACACGAGAGGAUUAAUUAAGGAGAAAUUGAACGAAGAUGCGGAUAGUGAGAUAGCUACUACGUCAUUAAGGGUAUCGUUAGCGUGUCCUCUAGGAAAGAUGAGGAUGAGUACGCCAUGUCGCGCGUCGACGUGCUCUCAUUUGCAGUGUUUCGACGCGUCUUUGUUUCUUCAAAUGAAUGAGCGGAAACCUACUUGGAACUGUCCGGUCUGUGACAAGUCGGCGCUCUACGAUAAUCUCGUAAUCGAUGGAUACUUUCAAGAAGUUCUUAAUUCAAACAAGCUCUUGCCAGAUGUGAAUGAAAUUCAGUUAUUGCAAGACGGCUCGUGGGAAAAUUUAGUCCUGAAAAAGGAAAAAGAUAAAGAUAAGGAAAAGAGCGAAGCAAAAACUUCGACUGAAGCACGGGAUAAUAGUAAAAUUGACGUGGACACAGUGGAUUUAGGUGAGGGGAAAAUACGUGCUAGAAUAUUACAAAAGCUUAAAAGACUCGAUGAAAGCAGUCUUGCUCCAGCACCAAAGGAGAAAAAACGUGCUGUUAUUAUCGACUUGAUAUCGGAUAGUGAUGAUGAUGAUGAAGAUAACGUGCCGACUCAAAGUACAAAGAAACCAUCUAGUAGCAUUUCAUCGCCAAAGAAAUCGCAGACCAGUUCCAUUAGUAGUACAAGCGAAUCGCCAGAAUUGAUGAUAAUCGAUUUAGAAUAAAAAAUUGUUUUAUAUUAACUAUACUUCUUUUAUAAAGAACUUUCUAUAAUUUUUUUCCCUCUCUCCAUAAACUUAAUCGGCAGUUCUGCAUAUUGUGUAAUAUUAAUUAGUUCCUUUACCAAGGAGUUCUAAAUAAAUCAAGACUUUCAUUUGUUGUAACUUUAAUAACGCUGCAUUCCCAUAUAUAAAUACAAUUUACAUAUUUCAUUUAAUCUCAUUUGGCAAACGAUGUAGUGCCAACGUUGAGUCUGUGAGAUUCCGAUAAGCGAGCAUUUUAAUAGAUUUUUUAUUUUGAUCCUGUAAUAUGAUAUAAUAUUGAAUGUAAACGAAAAUAAAAUUACCUUGGUUUCUUGUAGCAUAAACUUUUCAUUAACCUCAACAUAAGAUUUUGCGUGUACAAACUACCAAAUAUUUUAUUUUCAUUUCAUUUUUGCUACGUUUGUUACAUAAAUUUAGCAUAUGGAAGAUGCGUUUAACAAUGCUUAUUUUAGUAAGGAUUAAAAUUACUUGGUCUCGUAUUGCAGUUAUAUUGAAUUCUGGCAUCAGAAGCGAAAAAAUCGUGAAUUUUCCCUCACAUUAGAUGUCAAGAUAAAUGUGUUUCUUGCGUAUUACGAAAACAUAAAUUACAUAAAUAGUAGAAAACAUCGAAAAUUAUUGUUCUAUAUGAGUAAACAAAUGUAAUUAAUUUAAUCUUUAUAUUAAGAGAUGUAAAUUAUAUAUGACUGAUCAAAAUUUAUGACUACUUAGGUAAUAUUUUAUAAAUUUAAUGUCCAAAAAAUUGAUACUAUGUGGUGUAUAAUGCAGAGAAACAUUCGCACGAUUUUAAUGUUAUAAUACAAAAUACCACUAAGGGAGUACUUCAAUAAAUAGAUCUGUUCCUUGUCGCCGAACUUUCUAUAUUUUUGUCUUUUAUAGAUUUUUCAACAUGUAAUUAUAUAUAUAUUAUUUUGAGUGCAGAAAAUGUAACAUAAUGCAGGUACAAAGAACAGAUCUAAUUAUAAUACGUAAACUGUGUGAUCUAAUAAUUUUUGUAUGAUAUUCAAGAUUUCAAAUAAAAAAGAAUACAUGAUUA